ACCAAACCAACGCCCGAUCCCGAACAGAAAGCUUUCUUGCACGAUCCAUUCCCACCUUCUAUCCGUUGCAUCCGCCUUCUUACCAAGCUUAUUCCUCUUCCCGCCUGCACCCCUCGUAACCCUUUCACCUCCGACUUAUAUAGCUUGCCUGCCAAAAGUCCAGCGAGGCUGCAAACUCCCCCCCCUCCGCGCACAAUGGCCAAUACCGUGAUCCACCCUGACGUGGAGGACAAUGCCGGCACCAUGGAGCUCAAGGACAACACCAUUAUUGUGGUUCUCGGAGCUUCCGGUGAUCUAGCAAAGAAGAAGACUUUCCCCGCUCUCUUCGGCCUCCACCGAAACAACUUCCUCCCCAAGAAUGUCAAGAUUGUGGGUUAUGCACGGACAAAAAUGGACCACGAAGAGUACCUUCGCCGCGUGAAGUCCUACAUCAAGACACCCACAAAGGAACUCGAACAGCAAUUGGAGGAGUUCUGUAGCUUCUGCACAUACGUCGCCGGCCAAUACGACCAGGAUGACUCCUUCAUCGAGCUUCGAAAACAUCUCGAGCAGAUUGAACAAGGUCGCAAGGAAACCAACAGGGUGUUUUAUAUGGCUCUUCCUCCGAGUGUUUUCAUCACGGUCUCUCAGCACUUGAAGCGCAACUGCUACCCGACCAAUGGCAUUGCUCGUAUCAUUGUCGAGAAGCCGUUUGGCAAAGAUCUCGCCAGUUCGAGAGAACUCCAGAGAGCACUCGCACCCGAUUGGACCGAAGAUGAGAUUUUCCGUAUCGAUCAUUACCUUGGUAAGGAGAUGGUUAAGAACAUCCUGAUUCUCCGAUUUGGCAACGAGUUCUUCGGUGCGACUUGGAACAGAAACCACAUCGACAAUGUGCAGAUUUCAUUCAAGGAGCCUUUUGGUACCGAAGGGCGAGGAGGUUACUUUGACGAAUUCGGCAUCAUCCGCGAUGUCAUGCAGAACCACUUGUUGCAGGUCCUCACCCUUCUGACCAUGGAACGCCCAAUCUCAUUCUCCGCCGAAGAUAUCCGUGAUGAAAAAGUACGCGUACUCCGAGGUAUGCCUGCUCUCGAGCCUAAGAACGUCAUUAUUGGGCAGUACGGCAAGUCGCUUGAUGGCACGAAGCCGGGAUAUAAGGAGGACGACACUGUCCCCAAGGAUUCACGAUGCCCAACAUUUGCCUCGAUGGUUGCUUACAUCAAAAAUGAGAGGUGGGAUGGUGUGCCUUUCAUCUUGAAGGCAGGCAAAGCCCUGAAUGAACAGAAGACGGAGGUCCGCAUCCAGUUCAAGGACGUCACGUCGGGAAUCUUUAAGGACAUUCCCCGAAACGAACUUGUUAUCCGUGUUCAGCCCAACGAGAGCGUCUACAUCAAGAUGAACUCCAAGCUACCCGGUCUCAGCAUGCAGACCGUUGUCACAGAGCUCGAUCUUACGUACAGGCGGCGCUUUUCCGAUCUGAAGAUCCCCGAGGCCUACGAAUCACUUAUCUUGGAUGCCUUGAAGGGUGAUCACUCUAACUUUGUUCGUGAUGAUGAGUUGGACGCGAGUUGGAGGAUUUUCUCUCCUCUUCUACACUACCUGGAUGACAACAAGGAGAUUAUUCCAAUGGAAUAUCCUUACGGCUCUCGUGGCCCUGCCGUGCUCGACGAUUUCACGUCGUCUUACGGAUACAAGUUCAGCGACGCUGCAGGCUACCAAUGGCCUCUAUCGUCUGUGGACGAGAAGCUAUAAAUCCUUGUUGGUGUGUGUUACU